AUGGCUGAAUCAUUAGAGAAAUUAGGCAAAAAUGAUAAAAAUUAAGAGGAGUCAAUAUCUCGAUUAUUUUUUAAUUUAGUUACUUGUACUUUUUAAACUAUGUUUGGUUAUAUUUGCUUGGAUGUUUGUGUGUCAAUUAGUUUGCAUUAUAUUGCUUAAGAGUAAUGAAAAUAAAUUAUUUAGAAUAAAUCCAGUUGCAAAUGCUGGUUAUGGUUUUUCAUUGACUUGUGUUUAUAUGAUAUUAACACCAUUCGCUUUUGGUCUUAAUUAAUCAUUAAAUAUGCAUACAUCAUAAGCAUUGGGGGCAAAAAAAGUAUCUCUAGCAAAAGGGUAUUUUAAUUUAAAUAAUUAUGUGAUAUUUUUCACACUAAUACCUUUGGGAAUUCUGCUUUUAAUAUUAAAAUACCCAUUAAGUUUAAUUAUGGCAGAAGAUUAACGACAAUAAACAUCUGAUUACUCUCAAGAAUUUUUAUAUUAUUUGAUACCUGCCUUUAUUCUUGCAUUUGAAUUUGAAAGUGUAAAAUGUUUUAUGGUUGCCCAUAAAGUUACAUAUCCCUUUACUAUAAUCCAUUUCUGUACUCUACUUACUCAUUGGUUUUUUUGUUGGCUUUUUAUAGUUUAUUUCAAAUGGGGAGUGCCAGGAGCUGGAAUUGUGAUAAUUUUAACAGAAGUCUUUAAUAUUAUUGGAUUAGUUAGUAAAAAAUAUGUAUAAUUUUUAGUUUUUGUUGAAAAUACUGAUUUAAAAAAAAAUAUAUUUCAUGGGACAAAAAUCUUACUAGAUGUAGAUAGAUUUAAAAAAUUUGGAUUUUAAUAUAUCAGAACUUCAAUUCCUAUAGUUUUGCAUAUUUUUUCAGAAUUGUUUGUAUUUUUUACUCUAUCUUUUAUUGCAUUAAGUUUAGGGGUUUCAGAAAUGAAUGCUCAUUUGGGUUUAUAAAAUAUGUGUGGGGUUUAUUUUAGUAUUUUUAUUAUUAAAAUUAUUUUAGGAAUUCCGAUUAGUUUAUCUAUAGCAAUGAUGUCUUUUGUUGGAACCGAAAUGGGUAGAGCAAAUAUAAAAUUAGCCAAAAUGUAUAUUUUCUUAGGAGUUAUAAUUUUUAUUAUUGCAUGUGCAAUUUCUUCACUUUUUAUUUGGAAUAAAAAAGAAUUAUUAGCAAAUUUUUAUGCAUCCUAUUAGCAUGAAGAUGAAUUCACAAUAAAAGCUAAACAGAUAUUCUUGGAUACUAUUCCAUGGUUGAUAGGAGGCAUGCUUGUUGUCGACGGUCUUUAAGGAACCCUAAGUGGAGCUUUGAAAGGAAUUAACAAAAUUAAUCUUGUCUUUGUAUUAUUUUUAUUUAUUAUCCAGUACUCAACUAUCAUAGCUUAUUAUAUUAUUUGCCUUCCAAUUGUGUCCUUUUUUGCAUAUUCAUGGGGACUAGAUUAAGGAGUGGUUGGUAUUUGGUAAGGUUUUGGAAUAGCAAAUUUAAUUUUAGCAAUAUUAGACCUUACUAUUUUAUUUACUGUUGAUUGGGAAUAGGAAUCGAAAAAUAUCAUUAAAAGAGUGGAAACACACAAUGAAAUUGAAUUAAAAACUUUGAUUGAAUUAGAAGAUGAAAAAUAAAAUAUGUGA